AUGCCCUGUCAACCUCCCGACCACGCUUUUCCAUUGCCUUCUCCCACUUGUCCCACUCUCAUCCCUGCCAUCCACCUCCAAAAUGGUGAGCUGACCAUUGCAAACACCAGUACACAGGACACUAACUCUCCACAGAACAGGACCGUUCUCUACGUCACCGGCUUCAACCCCAACCUCCGUGCGCGCGACCUCGCGUACGAGUUUGAGCGCUUUGGUCGCCUUGUCCGCUGCGACAUUCCCGCCCUCAAGACGGCCUCGUCGAGCCCUUUUGCGUUUGUCGAGUUCCGCCGCGAGGACGACGCCGAGGACGCAUACUACGACAUGCACGGCCGCUCGAUCGACGGCCGCCGCAUCACCGUGCAGUGGGCCAAGCGCCCACCCAGCGCUGCGUGGCGUCACGAGGACUUCCGCCGCCCGGCUCCCCGCCGCCGCUCGCCUUCUCCCCAGCGCCGCCGCUCGCCCUCGCCCCGCCGUGACCGCGACUACGAGCCCCGCGGCCGCGACGCCGAGCGCGAGCGCGACGGUGAGCGCGAUGGCGAGCGCUCGCCUUCCCCCCGCCGCCGCUCGCCCUCCCCCCAGCGCCGCCGCUCGCCCUCGCCUGUCCGCGACAGCCGCGACGACGCGCGUGACCGCUCGCGCUCGCGCUCGCGUUCGCCCGCUCCCCGCAACGGCAACGGCGACGCCGACGCCGAGGAGCGCGCCCCGGCUCCUGCCCCCGAGGACAUUGACGUCGACGAGCGCGAGCGCCGCGACGACUAA